UAAUUUUUCAAUGAAAGCAUUAAAAAUAAUUUCCCACGUAAACAAAAUUAAGUUAAACCAUUUAAAAUGUGUUUAUGCCUUGGUCCUGCUAAGUCUGGCAAAACUAUUUUAAUGAAAUGUUUACAGGGAGAUGAUGUAGAUGAUGCAACUCAUACUGUUUCUACUAAUGGUAUAAAUCUUUUUACAGUCAAAAACAAUUCAGGUGAAUUUGACAUGGUUAUUAAAGAAAUUGGAGGUAGUAUGGCACCGAUAUGGAAACACUAUUUUGACAAGGUUCGAAAAAUUAUUUAUGUAGUGGAUGCGAGUAAUCUUUGCCAGAUAAGUGUAGCAGGAGUAUUACUAUAUUCUAUAUUAGUAGACCCUAGAUUGCAAAAUAUAAAAAUUGCAUUAACAUUGAACAAAAUGGAUCUUUCUUAUCGUCAAAUGCGCAACGAAGCCUUACUUAUGCUUCAAUACUCUCGUCUGCAAAAAGAAAUUACGCAAGAGCUAACUAUAUUUGAAACUAGUGGAAUAACUAAUGAAGGUAUUGAAAAAUUAAGAGAAUGGUUAUUUGACCCUGCUACUUUAAAAUCUGCAAUAAACGCAAAUAAGUAGAAUUAAUAUAUAAUACGAAAUGAUUUUAUCUGGAAAUGAAUAUUUCUUUUUAUUUACACUCAAUCUUAUGAAGGUAUAAAGAUUAUACAGAUAGAAACUUAUCAGUAGCUGACACCGAUAUUAUUUUAAUGUAACAUAUUGCUAAACUUUCCUCAAAUUUAUCUGUUUGCAUUGAAAAAUGGAA